AUCAUAUAAAUGUGUCAUUUUCCCUCGGGUUUUCUUUUUCCCUCGGAUUUUCUCGGGAAACAAACAGAAAAUAUGGAAGGAGAGGAGCUGCGUCGUUCCGAAGCAGACACGGUCGAUCUUCUGAAUCAAUUCGAACGUAGCUUGGAAUCCGAUACCCAAAUAGAUGAAGUGGGAUUUCUUCACCCGUCCCAGUUUCCAAGCUGAAUAAAGAGGCAGGCCAUUCCUCACCCUCAUCUGAUGACAAUACUGUGCUGCGCUCAGUUGAUGGCAACUCAGUUUUCUGAAAUAGGGAUCAUAAGUUGGGGAUUUCAACACAAGUUCUUUUUCCGUUAUAUGAGGCUGCUAAGCAUGUGUUUAUGGCAGCAAGUAGACAAUAUAAGGCACUUAACAGCAAAUCAGAUGUAUCUGGGGAUGAGAAGUCUUUGUAUGUGUCAUUAUCUUUGGAUAAUAGUUUUGAAAGUGACGUCAUGAAGCAUAGCAGGGCACUUUUGUUGCUAAGUAGUGAUUUCGGCACUGCAUGGCAUUCCAGAUUACCAUAUGUAUUUGAGAGCACAGCUGAUGAUUAUACUUCUUGGUUGCCUGAUGAAGUUCGCACUAAGUUAAAUAGAUUGACAAAUUUAGCUUUUUAUAUGGAAUUCUUACUGAUUCCAAUUCGUAAUAUAUAGCAAGAGAAAAAUCCUGGGCAAAGCUAUAAAGAAUAGGCACCAAUUCAACAGCAUGGUGGCCAAGAAAAAGGAUGGCCAUUCCCAAACAAACAAGACCAGAGAUUGAACAGGAAAAAUCAUAAACACAGCAGAUGUGCGGUGCCAACCUUCUAGUAUGGACAUAUGUAUAUUUUCGUAUUUGAACAAUGAGCAGUUGAAGACUGCCAAUCUCUUGAUACUAUGAUUAUUUUGAGUACAUGAUACUAUGAACUUAUGUACAUGAAUUAAGCGUUUAUAUCAUCUCUAUCUUUUGAACAGUGA